AUGGCCAGGCCACACAUUAUUCGUGCCGACACGAUCGACCUCCAAGAUCGCAAGACACCGUCCGCAAAAGACCACUCUCACUCGCACGCCAAAGGUCCCUCCCCUCUCGCACCCCAUCAAGCCGGAACACUGCGAGAAGUCGCGCAAGAGACCGCAGAAGAGAACGCCCGCAGUCCCCGAGUUUCCUGGUCCAACGGCGACGCCAUCGGCGACCUACAACAGCACGCUGAAGACAUCUCGGCCGGUGCCUCAAAUACGCACGACCCCAACGGCUCUCACAAAGACCGAGACUUGGCCGCAUCCGAGGCGACAAUGCAACAGCAGCAGCGGGAUUCUCUGGCCGUAGCGCAAAAUGGGGGCCUUUCGGGGAACAUCGACGAGAGCGACGCCGACGGCGACACCGACGAUAGCCUGGAGGAUGAUCUGAUGGACAAGAUUUCGAGCUCGCCCUCGAUCGAAGAUGACUCUCUUCCCACCACCCGCGCUUGUUUUUCUCCCACCCGUUCACCCGCCCUUGGCGACCCGAGGUCUUCAUCGCCGUACCUCGAGAUCCCCGAGCACCCCCCCAUGAACUCCAUUCACCCCAGACAGCAUAGCAAGGCAUCUGUCGAGUUAUCCCCCCGUCACGCAACCGACGACGAGCAUGAGCGCGAACGCGAACGCGAACGCGCGCGCGACGAACACGAGCACGACGAGUGCAGUAACAACGAGACCGCCGAUACCCUCGACGACACUUUGCCGAGCGACACCAACGUUGGCCUAGACGCCGCGGAAACCCAUGGCACUUUCGAGGUCCGCCCGCUCAAUAUCAUAAAGAUACGGGAUUCGAGGCACAGAGACUUCGCAGCGCGGCGCGCAGAAAUGGAAAAGACAGAGCGAGUCAAAGCCGUGGGACAAUUCGUGGACGAGAACGACGAGAACGACGACCCGCUCACGAUGCUCUACGAGGCCUCGCUCGAAGAUGAUGAUGACUUUACCGCCCCCCUCCUAGACGAUCCCAAACCCAACUGCGUCAAUGCCGCCUGGGCUGAUAAGUGCUUACAUCGUACAGAGGACAUCGAUUUCGAUUUUGUCUACGCGUUACAUACUUUCGUGGCGACCGUCGAGGGCCAAGCCAACGCUACCAAGGGUGACACCAUGGUUCUUCUCGAUGAUAGCAACAGCUACUGGUGGCUGGUCCGAGUAGUGAAAGACAGCAGCAUCGGGUAUCUCCCCGCCGAGCACAUCGAAACGCCCACUGAGAGGUUGGCGCGCCUUAACAAGCAUCGGAACAUCGACCUUUCAGCUACGAUGUUAGGAGACCAGCCGGGGGAGAAGUCUAAGAGCACAUUCCGAUCGGCCUUGCGGGGAAAGAAGCGGAAGACAGUUGUCUUUGCAGAGCCUACGUACGUUAACUACUCCGACUUGGAUUAUUCGUCCGAGGAGGAAGACGUGGACGAGCUCUUCGGCACCCAGAAACAAACCGGCGAUCAGGGCCAGGCGCCGACCGAUUCGGAGACGAACGGAGACGCACACGUAGAUGCGCAAGAUGAACAACAUCCACAACAAGAAGAAGAUGACCGACAUGGAGCUGCUGAACAAACGCAGCGUCCCACAGAGGAUGCGAUGAUAGACGAGACUGCCAGGGUCGAGCCCUUGAAGCCGAGAGCGACCAAAGAAGCUGUUGCCACUGCGGAGCUUUCGAAGGAGGUCGCGGAUGAGCAGGGUGACAACAGGCCUAGCAGCGAACAAUUCUUUGAGACCAAGUCGGAAGGCGGCCCCAGUCGGUCAAGGAACGGCACAGUCAGGAACACGGACUCUUUCUUUAAGGAUGAAACGGUCGAGACGAAGAAGAUCACGCUGACGCCUAACCUGCUCCGCGAUGACAACACCACGCCACGACCGUCAUCUUCGAACGAUUCCAAGGACCUCAAACAACGGCCCAGCCUGGACAAGAUGGACAAGAUGGAGAAGGAAUUACAGCCGGACAAGAAGGAAGACCGAAAGAAGAAGGACAAGAAGCCCAGCGUGAUUCGCAGCUUCUUUUCCCGGAAGGACAAGAAGAAGGCGACCGACGAUGAUGACGAUUCCUUCGGCAAGAGGUCCAUGGAUGCCGAGAACGAGCACGAUGACGACAGGUCCGACGUUCAUGCGUCACCCGAGAAGCCAGGGCCGCAGCGGCAACCAAGCAAGCUUCAGAAGCAGCAACCCCGGACCGAGCCUUCACCUACCCGGAGACCUGGUUCCGCGGCUCAGAAGUCUACUACGCGAGAACUGGCCGACUAUAUCGUGUCCGAAGCCAGGAAUGACGUCUCCAAUGUGCCGCCGGCGUCGAUGCGCAUCGUCCAGGAACAACAGCAGGAGAGGGACCAUUCGCCAGCCAACGGUCAGCGGGGCCAGGGCCAGCCGGGCGAACAGGCUCGCCCGGGCUCUUCGCAGAAAGAAGAACGGUCCGGCCUCUCGAAGAUCAAGUUGUCGCGGUCUGCCGGGGGCGGGGCCGAGAAGCAGAACAAGGUCGAGAAACCUCAAAAGGUCACUAAGGCCAAGUCUCGCAUUGAACUGGAUGACUUUGACUCCACCGAUGAGGAGACGACGGCUAUUGCCAACACGCAACAUACCCAGAACCAGGCCCAGAUCCAGACCCAAACGCAGGACCAGUCGACACAGGAGAAGGCCCAGCGCCCUGUACUGCCGGGCGCAUAUCCAGACAGUUUCGCGUCGAACAAGCAGGCCGAUGGCUCGGCACCGGCGGCGGCGGCGGCGGCAACGGCAACGGCAACAGCAACCAACACGUCAGAGUCUGAACCUCCUGCGGAACACUUCACCGAAUCGCCUGUGCAGGUAUCUUCCUUGGCGCCGAACGACCCGCCAGCGCUCAUGGGCGACACGUCCAGCCAGGAAGAUUCGUCGUCCAAGUCGCCGUCCCCCGAGCUCGUGGACACGGACGAAGCAGCUAAGCACACCCAAGACUCGAUGACCAGCUCUACCUCGACGAGCAACAGUCGGGGCAGCAGCUGGAACGACGCCAAGCUGCGGGCCUUUUUCGAUUCUGGCUCCGACAUCCGAGACAUGCUGGUCGUGGUCUACGACAAGAGCGACGUGGUCCCUGCUGGGCCGGACCACCCCCUUUUGGCCGAAAUAACCACGCAACUCGACAACAUGCUCGGCGACUGGUUAGCCCGCAAACAAAGGUUGCGAGGCACUGUAUGA